GACAACGGCGACGACUGGGCAUUUCACUUGGUUAUCCUCUUUGACAUAAAAUCCAAUGUUGUGAUACAUACACUGGCCGAUAUAUAUGACGGGUCAUCCAUAUUUCGCUGUGCCUAAUUUUUCACCAGAAGGGUGAUAGAGCCUGCUCUGACGUCUGCAUCAGAUAUUGUUCAUUGCAUUUUUUUUAUGGACAUUUUUUCCUCACUGACUUUGAGUUGAGAGAAGCAAAUUUACAUCAUCAGCAACAAAAGGGGAAUGAAGAUUUAUGUUUUAUUUUUUUUACCCACGCCUCCCCUUUCACCCCCAAACAUUUACAGCUAAAAGAAAUUCUUAAACACAUCAUAGCCUACAUUGUGGAACAAUCUCUAGCGCCGGAGCAUCGCUGGAACCAUGCCUCUUCUGCAGGUUUGGACUGGGAAAUUGCAACUGCCAAUUUAAUCAACAAGACGCUGCUGUUCCUUAUCAGACGUCUCUCAGUUUUUCUGGGCUUUUUCGUUUUUAAAGAACAAGGCUUGUUAUUACUUUUUUAAAGUCUUGUGUGGGCUGUAAUGAGCAAGAUGUCGGAUCUUCUGGUGUUGGUUGAGGGGGUCUGUGACCUGCACGGAUUUCCAUAGCUUGGGAAAACAGCUUGGACCAAUUACGAGGUUUAAACACGCAUUUUGUAUAAAGCCAUUACAUGACUAAAUGUAAUGUAUCAUAUUUUUUUUUCCCAGCAAUUUAUUUGAAUUGCUUUUUUAAACUUUCUUUUCACAAUUUUCUUUGGACCAUAAGCGGUUGGAUUAUUGAAACUAUAUAAGGAUUUGUGGAAAUGUUGGGUCCUCAAGAAGAUAAAUUAUGUGGAAUGUUCUCUGCUUUGGCGGCUCUGUCCUUCGUUUGCUUUGUUCAAAGCACCUCCACUGGACAAACCGGAAUAUCUGUGGCCAAGGCCACGGUGGACAAGUUGCUGAAGGGGUAUGACAUCCGUCUAAGGCCUGAUUUUGGAGGUGCCCCAGUCAUUGUAGGAAUGAGCAUCAACAUCGCUAGCAUUGACUCCAUCUCAGAAGUGAACAUGGAUUACACCAUCACAAUGUAUUUCCAGCAAAGUUGGCGAGACAAGCGGUUGGCAUACGCUGAGCUGCCCCUCAACCUGACUCUGGAUAACCGCGUAGCAGACCAGCUGUGGCUCCCAGACACCUACUUCCUCAAUGACAAGAAGUCCUUCCUGCAUGGCGUGACAGUGAAGAACCGUAUGAUUCGACUGCAUCCUGAUGGCACCGUGUUAUAUGGGCUCAGAAUAACCACCACAGCAGCUUGCAUGAUGGAUUUGAGGAGGUACCCCCUCGACGAACAGAACUGCACCUUGGAAAUCGAAAGCUAUGGGUACACCACAGACGACAUAGUGUUCUACUGGCACGGAGGGGACAAUGCGGUGACGGGGGUGGACAAACUGGAGCUUCCCCAGUUCUCCAUCGUGGCGCUUCGGCUGGUGUCCAGGGAGGUCAGGUUUACCACAGGUUCCUAUCCCAGGCUAUCACUGAGUUUCAGGAUUAAGAGGAACAUUGGCUACUUCAUCCUGCAGACAUACAUGCCCUCCAUCCUGAUCACCAUCCUCUCCUGGGUCUCCUUCUGGAUCAAUUAUGAUGCCUCUGCAGCUCGGGUGGCCCUUGGUGUUACAACCGUGCUCACCAUGACAACCAUUAACACCCACCUUAGGGAGACCCUCCCAAAGAUCCCGUAUGUGAAAGCCAUCGACGUCUACCUCAUGGGCUGUUUUGUGUUUGUGUUCCUGGCCCUGCUCGAAUAUGCCUUCGUAAACUACGUGUUCUUUGGCCGGGGCCCCCAGCAACAGAAGAAAAUCCACGAGCGGCUGAACAAAACCAACAACGAGCGCCCGCGAUACGAAGAGAAGCGCCUGAGAGAACAGGACUCCAUUGCCACGCCGUUUCAAACCAACACCCUCAGGUCAUAUACACAGAGGAGAAAUCUGUACCUCGAGGAGCAAAGAAAAGUUGGGGUGGACGCAUACGGGAAUAUCCUGCUCACCACGCUGGAGAUGAAUAACGAGGUGAUGCCGUCAGAUGUGGGAAGUAGCGUCAGUGACUCCCGGAAUUCAGUGAUGUCAUUCGACAGCUCCGGGGUCCAGUUCAGGAAGCCCAUGGCUCCCCGGGACGGCUUCAGCCACCACUCACUGGACCGCAGCGCCAUGCGCAGCAGGGCCAACUGUCGGCUACGACGGCGCUCCUCCAAGCUCAAGCUGAAAAUCCCCAAUCUGGCAGAUGUCAGCACCAUUGACAAAUGGUCCCGGGUCCUUUUCCCCAUCAUGUUUGGAUUUUUCAACCUAAUCUACUGGUUGUACUAUGUGAAUUGAUGUGCAUCCCACUAGGAAUCAUGGGCCAUAUUUUGAGAGCACAUUAAAUUGGCUUUGAUACAGUUGGAAAAUAUGUAUACACAUAUACAAGUUGAUACAUACAGUAUGUAUAUGCAUAUUUCUAUAUAUUAUAUUUAUAUAUACACGUGUGUGUGUGUGUAAAUCUGAAGGACUUUUCUCCUGUAUAAAGUAUUAUUAGAAUGACUUGAAUGUUUAAGAAUAAUUUCAAGCCUUUGAGUUUCCUUUUCCUUGUGAAACAAACAAACUAGCAAAGAAACGAACGAACUAACAACCAUCAGAUCCCUUUGGGGGAUUUUGGAACUAAAGACUGCAUGAUAUUUUUGCUAAAAAAAGAAAGCGAAAGCUCUUGAGAGAAGAGAUGUCUCAGUCUCAUUGGCUUUUUAUUGAUACUCCGUAAUCGGCGUCCUCUACUGCAGCUCAUCAAAUCAGGUGACUCGUGUGUUCAGGCAUCGGCUGAGUCAAGUCCCUAAU